UGGAGCCGCGUCUCGCGUAGGCUGAGGCGACCUGAAGUCCGCACGGCUGUGGUGGUUUUCUUAUAAGGUUGAGAAAAUCACAAGCACAUGUCAUUGAAUCAGCAAGAUCUAGAUCCAGAUAGUACUACAGAUAUGGAAGAUGUUACAGAUGCUGAAGAGGAACUUAUUAAAAAAUGUGAAGGAAUGUGGAAAGAUAUGGAAGAAUGUCAGAAUAAAUUAUCACUUGUUGGAACUGAGACACUCACUGAUUCAAAUGCUCAGCUGUCAUUAUUAAUUAUGCAAGUGAAAUGUUUGACUUCUGAACUCAGUCAAUGGCGGAAAGAAACUCCUGAAAUGAUUCCACUGAAGGAAGAAGUUCUGGUGGCAUUAGGAAAAGAAGAGUUCCAAAAAUUGAGAGGUGACCUUGAAUUGGUACUAUCUACUAUUCAGUCAAGGAAUGAAAAGUUAAAGGAAGAUUUGGAAAGGGAGCAAAAAUGGUUGGAUGAACAGCAACAGAUACUGGAAUCUCUUAGUGUACUACACAAUGAAUUGAAACAUCCGGUUGUGACAUUUUCUGAAUCAAGAAUCUUUAAUCAGCUGAAAACUAAAAUGCGUGACAUAAAGGAAUAUAAGGAAAAAAUCUUAGUUACCUUGGGCGAGUUUCUAGAAGACCAUUUUCCUCUGCCUGAUAGAAAUGUUAAAAAGAAAAAGAAAAACAUUCAAGAGUCAACUGCACAGCUGAUAACACUGCAUGAAAUUUUGGAGAUUCUUUUAAAUAGAUUAUUUGAUGUUCCACAUGACCCGUAUGUCAAAAUUAGUGGUUCUUUUUGGCCACCUUAUAUUGAGCUGCUCCUGCGUAAUGGAAUUGCCUUGAGACACCCAGAAGAUCCAACCCGAAUAAGAUUAGAAGCCUUCCAUCAGUAAAAGGAUGGUCUUUUUUCACAGUACUUAAAGAAUCUUGUCAUUCAAGGAUAAUGGAAACACUGAGGGCUACUUGGAGAAAACAUUAUUUGCAAAUCAAAUGAUAUGGUUUUGAAAUUUUAACCAUGUAAAUGUCAUUACAUAUUUUUUAAAAAAUCAAAAAGUGAAGAGCAAAUUAUGAAAUUCAAAAUAAACUGAAACAUGAACCAAAAAAAAAAAAAACCAUUAUUUGCAAAUCAAA